CCAGUGAUAGAUAAUGAAAACUAUAAAUCAGCUACAAACCCCAACAUUGUAAAAAAAGUUGCAAAACAAAUUCGUGAAGAAAUUGAAAAUGACAGAUAUAUUAUAACAAAAAGUAUACCAAAUCUAAUAAGCAGUAUUGGGGCAAUACCCAAAGCAGGAAGUGAAGAGCCACGCAUCAUACAUGACGCUAGUAGGCCUUUGGGCAAAGGCCUGAAUUCCCUGGCCACACCCAGACCUUUCAAAUUUGAGGGAUUUGAUCAAGCAGUGAAACUAGUUAAACCGGGAAAUUAUAUGUGCAAAGUUGACUUACGAUGGGGAUAUAGACAUGUUCCAACCAGUGACAAUCGCAUAAAGCCACUGGUUUAAAAUUUAAAUUUCCUGGAGAUAACGAAUGUAC